CGCUGAUAUCAGCUGUUAGGCAUCUUGUUGUUGCUUCCUAUUUGUUUUAUUUGUGGAAAAAUAAAAAAUAUUCCUGGAAAAUAAAGUUGAUCAUCACACCUGCAAGCAAGCAUAAAUAGUGAAACAUGUACAAAGUGUCCAAUGAACCCAAGGUGGAAAGAAAAUUUUGUCGCGCUUGUCUUACAGAGAUACGAAGUCUUACACAGGCAACAAAUUUUAUGCAACCGCCGCAGCCACCAGUCAGUCUCCGCGAUAAUGUCAAAGCUAAAUCUUAUUUGGAAUGCUAUUACUUUUGCUUAAAAUCCAACUGUAAUCGCUUCAGCAUUACCUACUUACCGGAUCAUUCGUACAUAUGUCAUCCAUGCAAGAACCACAUGCUAAACACAGUGGAGUUUAUAACAAAAUCUCAGAAAAACGAGGAAAUCCUAAAGGCAAUGUACGACGAAGAUGAGGACGACGGAAUCGCAAGGACCACAUCGAGUAGAAACGAGUUGUCCGGUACUAUUAAAAUUAUUUCACCGGCCGAUUUAAUGGAACGUUAUGAAGAAGUUGAUCUACAAGAUACGCAAAUAACUGAAAUUGAGACUACCGAAUGUGAAGAGAUUCCGAUAGAAGUCUGUUCUUUAGACCAAAAUAUUGUUAUACACAAAAAUAAUAAUGCUAAAGUGGUGGUGUUAGAGCAAGUAAGACCAGCCAUUCAAGUCAUAGUUCCACAACAAAAUAUCUAUAACAAACAAGAUGUCACUACGCCGAGAGAAAAUCAAAGGGUUACAAAUACUAUGGCCCCUGGACAAACACCCAGAUAUCGUUUUAAUUGCGUUAUAUGCAAAGAAUCUUUUCAGUUUCAGCGGCAACUAUAUGAACAUUAUGACGAUAAACAUGAUCAAAAGUUAUUUUCGUUUAAUUGUGAUGUUUGCAACAGACUUUAUAUUACUCAAAAAGCAUUAACCUUUCAUCAACAUAGUAUUCAUAACGGCAUCGAAUAUGUGGAUUGUGAUUUAUGUGGACAAUUAAUAUUCCCUGAAGUAUAUGAUGAUCAUAGAGAACGUCAUAAAGCCGAAUACACCAGCCACAGGGGUGGUUGCGGAUAAAAUUUAUUUCACAAUAGUUUUUAUAUACAUUAGCCGACUGAUGUAGAACGGAAUUUUUUUAAGUUAUUAAUAUUUUAUGCAACAUAUAUCUAUUGAUAUCAAUAAAAUCUGUGGAUUUAAA